AUGUUCAGUCAUCUUGAAUCAACUGCCCUCCUACAUAAUAAGAAGCUUGAUGAUCAACUGGCUUUCUACCCUGGUUAAGAGAUCAUACCUGAUUAAGAGAUCUUACCUAAAACUAUAGUUACCUUUAUAGAGUCAACAUUGAUGUGGGAUGUAGCUCCCAAAAAAACAUUCUUGACAUUACUGUAUUGGAUUAUUUUGCACCAAUAACUGGGCCAAAUGCAGCAGGUCUACCAUACAAGGGAUAUUCCAUAGAAAAAACAAAAAUAGAUGCUCAUUACAGUGGAAAAGGUUCUUUGAAAUAUAACUAUGCCAUAAUAUAUAUGUAUUAGCCACUAUAUCAAACAUCAACUUCAUUCAGCACACUUACUCUGAACAACUGGUUACAACUACAUGUCUGUUCGUCCACCCAUUGUAAAGCGCUGCGGAAUUUGACGGCGCUCUAUAAAUAUCAUAAUAAUAAUAAUAAUAAUAAUAAUAAUAACAAUAAUACAGCAUGAAAAUAAUGUAAAAGCAAGUGGAUGUGCUAUACAUUUUAUUUACCACAUUUGGCUUUGUGUUCUUUUUGGAGUCACAAACGUAACUAUAGUUGUCCAUUUUAUAUAGCUGAUGGACCACAAUCCACUGAUAUAGUUCAUCAGCUGUUUGUCUGAUUAAUAAUUUCUCGAUAAAGGCAAAUAAUAGUAUCACUUCUCUCUGCAGAGGAGAAAAACCUGCUCAAACAUGUUUACCAUCUAUACUUAUACAGCAAUCUCAAUUACAAUAAAAAAACUCAGAAGCGAAAGACUUGACCUGAAUGUGAGCAAUUAUUUUUUUAUAGGCUUAAGAGAGCUUAUAUUAGCUGAAAGCAGUGAGGAGCUAAAUAUUUACUGUAUUUCAGCAACAAGGUUAUCACCUAAAACAAACCAACUAACGAAAUGAUGUGGGCUCAGUCGUGGACACUGAUAACUGUAUUUCUUAUCCAUGGUGUUUCCACUCAACUUGUAGUACGUAAGUCUGGAAUAUUUUUCAUUAUAUUUUCAAUAGUUAAUACUAGUAUAUGACUUCUAUAUUGAUUGGGCAAUUUUGUGAGAACUGUGUAAUUUCAGAGGCAGUAAAAGUGCAAACAAAUGAUCAAAUAUAGGCCUUUAAUAUUUUUGGGUAAGCUUUUACAAUGUUUUAAUAAUUUGGGAUAAACUUUGAAAAAUAUUUUAAUAUUUUGAAAGAUAUUUUCAUAUUUUAAUAUAUUGAUAUUAUUUUAUAUAUGCUGCUUUUUAAGUUAUAUAUUUUUGAUAUAUUAAUAAUUUGAAAAAAGCAUCAUAAAAGUUUAUUCGAACAUAUUAAAUCAUAUGAAAACGCUAACCAAAAAUAGUAAAUCAAGGCCAGAAUUCUUUAAAAAAACUAAUUUGGAAUUAAUAGAAGUUCAUUACACAUUUUCAAAUCAAAGUUGCUCCUUUAUAAAUAAAUGAGCACCUUUGAUUUGAAGGUUUGUGCAUGACUUAAUUAUUUUUAUUAUUUAUACUGGUUUUUGGGUGUAAAUGUACCAGUAUGCAUUUAUUUGACUGGGUGUUAUUUUCUUUGUAAUACAUUUAAUAAACUAUAGCAACUAACAUGUAUUUGUGAGUACAAGAUACACAAGAAGAUUUAAUCUUAACAUGUUGAUUAUUCAGCAAUAAUAUGAAUAAUAUGACAACACUGUUAUUAAAUGCAUGAACACAUUAACUAUGAGAUCUCUGUUAAAAAAGUUUGGCAAGCAAUUUAAUUACUAUAUAUAUAAGUAAUUCAAUUGCUUUAAAAUGUUUGAAAUACUAUAUGUAUAAGUAAUAUAUUUAAUAUAUAUAUAUACUUUUGAGGAUUUGAUAAAUUGACAGAUUUUUACAUUUUUAUUCCCUUUUACGUGUUAUGCUACAGUACUCAGUAUUAAAUAGAAAAGUUGAAAGUGUAAACACUAUAAUUCAUUCAGUGUCAUAUUUUCAUUUGUAAUGUACUUAAUAUUUUUUAAAGGAACACUCAAGGCACUUCAUGAUUUAAGUUGUUAUGGUGUCAGGAGGUCCUCGGUGCCAGCUUACUUUUAGGUGUAAAACCACUCACAAGGUCCCAAAGUCUUGAACCCAGCACCAUUUAGCUCUGACUCUGUCUUUCUGCUUCUCUUUGUUUCUUGAAGCAGGAAUCCUUGGACAGGGUAGCCGCUGAUUGGUUAAGAGCGUCAGCUGAUGCUCUUAGCAAACCAGGAGCUACCCAUUCGCAAAAUGUCUUGAGAAACAUAUUUCUCUCAAUUCAUUUUUUUAUGAAUGGGAAGCUAUUGAUUGAUUUAGAGUGUCAGCUCAUGCUCUCAGCCAAUCAGAAGCUCUCUGAACCGAGAAUUCCUGCUUCAGGAAUCAGAGAGAAGUGGAAGGAUAGGGCAGAGCUAAACAAUGUUGGAUUCAAGACUGUGGCGUUCUCCGGAUUGCAAACACUUUAACACCUAAAGGUAAGUUGGUUCCAAUAAAGUUAUUAUAGUACCUGGAGUGUUUCUUUAAAAAAAAAAAAAAAAAAAAGGAAGCAUAAUUAAGACCGUUCUACAUAUAAGAUAAUAUGUAAUAAGAUAAUAAAGAGAAGUAGAAAACUAGAAGUAGAAAAAUAAUUUUUUCUUAGUCAUAAAAAGGCGUAGGAUUGGAUUUUACAUUGGUUUAUAAAAAAAAGCAAAAAAUACCUAUGCUACCUACCGGAAUAUUGGAAAUAAAAUCUGUCUCAGACAUAUAGCAUUGUAUGUGCUCAACUCCUCUCUUGCACUAGAUUGUAUCUGAUCAGCUAUGUUAAUAUUAAAAUGAUGGCGAGUGUAUCAAUACAGUACAGCUGGAGUGUUUGUUCACCUAUAAUCACACAUAUGAUCAUUUUAUGAUAGUUUAUGUGGUAACUGGGCCAUCACCUCCAUAAUUGCUCACAUAACCAAAGAACACAUAUUAUAUGCGAUUGUGACAUGCAAGGUGUGAAUUAUUUUCAUAUAUAAAGUUAGCAUUGUAAAUAAUAAAAACUGUAAAAUGGGUCACUUACUCAAACCGAUUCAGCAAAAAUAUUGCUGCCAUAUGCCUUCUAAUUAGGCUCUUGCGCAUAUUUUGUAUUUUUGGAUCUGCUCUUAACAUGGCACUAACAUUGAGCGACCUUUAGAAGCAGAUAACAAAUUUUCUAUCUCACACUUGAUACCAGACUUUUAGUGAUUGGGCAUUUGUAUGUUGGUUAGAUAGUUCUACAAUAAUAUUUAGCUUCAUAUUGGCACCACUGGGAACAUUUUCAGUUAUUCUAUAGUAGUAAGGCAAAAAAAUAGUGCAGUACUAAACAUAUACAUGGUUAUUCACCAACGUGAAAAUUCAAAGUGAAUUUAAAAUUUAAGGCUACGCUAACUAAAUUGAAAACAUUGCUAACUUAGAUCAUUUUUUAGAUCUUUUAUUAGAUCUAUGGUUGAGGCAAUCCUGCUCUAAUCAAGUUUUACAAAAACAUAAGAAGAAAAAAAGCUUAUGAGUCAUUUAAAAGCGUGCCUAAAACUAAGUAGCACAUUUUGUUAUUGAUCCAGCAUUAUCAUUUUGGCUUAAAGAUAACAUUAACAGGCAAGUAAGCACGUUGUGAAAAGUCAGUAUUUUUAUUUUUGCUUUGAUUUUCUAAUUAUUAGGAAAACAAAUCUAUCUUUAGGUUCUGGUAAAGUGCAUAUAUGGGGUCGAUAAAGAAGAGGAAUCAACUUUUUUUCCUGUCUCUAAAAUUUGUGUAUACAUAAUUAGCUUUUUUGACAGAUCCAAGCACAAAUUCAUUCAAGCCGAUAUGAAUAUAUGAAAUGAAUGGAUAAUAAUUACCAUUUAUUAAUUAUUGUUAUUUACCUGUUUGUUCUCUGCUUAACAGCCAAUUGCUUACCUACAAUAGUUGGAGGUAAUUUUGUGGGACGAAUCACAACCACCACCGUUUCACUGUUAUCCCCCUGCUGCUUACUUCAAAAUAGUCUUGCUCCAUCUUCUGGAAGGUUGUUGACUAUUGUGGCAGCUAGCAAUGGUAUGUAUCACCAACAUAUGAACAACUGUACACAUAUAUAUAUCAAAACAUUUCCAACUUGGUUAAUUUAGCGUAUACCCAACAUCAGUUCUAAGAGUGGUUAGAACUCCAGCAAUUUUUAAAAGUUGUCACAGUUCAUAGUUGUCACAAAGCCGGAAAGCUGAGUUCUGGCUACUGAUAUCCUUUAUUCCACACAUGCAACUUGAGCUCUUCCUUUUUCAAAUCAAAGUUUUUAUUUAUCAUGGGAUAUAAUAAUUGUUAGAGAUCCAUGUAUAAUGGUAUGUGGGUAUAUUGUAUUUACUCUCCUACGUAUCACAUUUCAUCUUUGGCUUAGUUAUUGAUCAUAACUAAUUUUACUUAGUUAUAUACACGUUGUGUGUAGUGUCCAUGUGGUUACUUUAAUCCUCUCCAUGUGGCUAAGAUUUAGUAGGACUUGUUGAAGUAAUUAAAUUAUACGUUUCUCUGCCUGAUAAAGACCCUGAGGGUAUAUUAAAUAGCUUAGAUGCUGUGAAUUGACCUAUUUGCCACCUACAAGAAGCUGUGGUAUAGGUGAUGUGUGGAAACGCUCCUGUGGGAUUAACUAAUUAAUUUGUAAACUCUUGCUGGGCAGAGGAUUAUGGUAUAAGACUGAACCCCAUAGACCAAAAUGAAAUGAUUAUUCUCUUCCUGUAUAAGGUCUUCCUGUAACUGCACACAGAUCCAUUAAAUAUUGCAUCUGUUGGGAUCUUUAAAGGUAAUUAAAAAAAUUUUAAAUUACAUUUUCCAUCUUCUUUAAAAUUGUCUCUGUCUCCCACCCACACCUCCAAAAUGAGUAUUUCAUAAAGAUAACAUUUUUAUGAAGUGCUCACAUUGACUAUGUUGGAAUUUCACUGAAAUUCCAACCCAGUCAAAAGAUAUGCUGAGACAAAGGACUACAUUGCAUACUCAUAUCCCCUACGCCUGACAAAACUUGACAAAAAGCAGAGAUUGCCCCAUCAAGUUUUUGUCAUUUCCCCUACUAGUGACGGUGGUAGGGAAAAAGUUGUCUAUGGAAGCUCCAAUUAGCGGUCUCUGAGGAUUUUCCAUGGACCUCAGUGAUUUACUCUAGCGCAUGCAUGUGCGCCAAUGAAGGACCAGGAGUUAAAGAGGACAAACCGGAUGAAGAUGGCAGCAGCCACAAGGUAUUGCUUCAGGUAAGUAAUACUCACCUUUACCUGCAACCUGUAGCCACUGCACUGCAAGUAGAGCAGUCACGAUUCAGACCAUUAAACCGAUUUAAUGUGUUAUCUCUACAAUGCACUAAAAUUGUUCGUGUGGGGGCUUCCCUGUAUAGUUUCUCUGUAAUAUAGUAAGUCCUAACGCUUGAUAACAGCGGCUUUGCAUGGCUUUAGGCGAGACUCAAACUUGAGGCCCCCACUAACACCAUUCGUACAAAAAGAAAAUAGGGGUUGGUUUGUGUGUGUAUAAAGAGCUGUAGUUAUACUGAAGGGUGUUCUAGCAGCGCUGGAUACAGAGAGCUAGUCUCUGUAUUCAUUGUUCAGAGGCUUGCAUCGUCACGGACCCCUGUGCCGCUGUAUUGCAAGCUUUCUGACUUUAAUUAUGACAUAAUUUGAAGCGAACAAAUGUAACUUGCAAUGGUGAUAAUCGUUUAUACGCGAUUGUCGGGUAUGGUUGCACAACCUGCCAGUCGUGUAUACAUAAGUGCCGGUGCAAAGGUGUUAUAUGAAGCAAAAAUUUAAAUUUUGGUUGGGCAAAAAAGCUUUAAAAAAACAUUUGCCAAAUAAUAAAAUACAGAUAAGAAAACAGUGUCAUAGACAGUCCCAUAUAUUCUAUAAUCCUUUAUACCAGCAGGUCCCAAACUGUGUGCCAGGCCCAUACACACACUACCCCCCAUACACACACACUACCUCCCAUACACACACAUUACCCCAUCCACAAACACUGUACCCCUCACACACACUGCACCCCCACACACACAUUGCAUUCCCCACACACACACACUGUACCCUUCACACAACCUGCCCACCCCACACACAUAUGUAUGUAUAUUAUAUAUGUUGCUUGCACUUUACCUUUGCAUUGCCCAUAUCAUACCAUCCUCACAUUUCAGACAAACACAUAUACACACUAAUGCACAAACACGUAUACACACUCUGAUACAUACACAUGCAUACACGCACAAACACACUGAAGCACUGAGACACAAACAUUGACAUACAGACAUACAGUCAUAAUGUAUAUCUAUCUGCCUGUGUGCAUUUCUGAGUGUGUCUGGCAUUGUAUACCAGUGUAUGUGCCUAAAGGUGUGUCUGACAGUGUGUAUUCUUGUAUGUCCAUGUUUGUUUCUGUGAGCAUGCAUAUGUUUGUGUCUGGGAUCUUAUGUGUGUGGGGUAGCUGCUUGCGGUGAUUUAUGGCAAAGCUAUGUUUAAUGACUGUGUGUAUGUAUGAUAGAUGUCUUCAGAGGGUGACUGUGACAGGGUGAGUAAAGGGGUAACGGUGACAGUGUGAGUUUGACAGGAUGAAGGGGUGAAUGAGACAUGGUUGGGGGGGUGAGUGUGGCAGAAUGAGGGUGAGUGUGACAUAGUUGGAGGAAGUAGUGUUACAGACUGAGGGGAGGUAAAUGUGACAUGAUUAAUGGGGGAUAAUUGACAGGGUGAGUGUGGCAGAGUGAGGGGAGUGAGUGUGACAGAAUUAGGGUGUUAAUGUGACAUGGUGAAUGUGGCAUUGUUGGUGGGGUGAGUAUCAAAGGGUUGGAGUGAAUGUGGCAUGGUUGGAGUAAUGAAUGUGACAGGGUAAGGGGAGUGGAGUUUGGCAGGAUUAAGGGGAUUUUAUGUGAUGAUUGAGUGUGGCAGAGUGUGACAGGAUUAUAGAUGUAAAUAUGAGUGUGGCAGGUUUGGAGAGGAGUGUGGCACGGCUGGAGGAGUGAGUGUGAAUGGACAAGGUGAUUCAGCAUGACAGAAUUAGGGUGGUUUAUUUGAGAGAGUGAGUGUGGCAUGACUGGGGGGAUAAGUGUGACAAGAUUGGUGUGCUUAAUGUGAUAGGAUGAGUGUGACAGGGCUGGGAGCUGAAUGUGACUGUGAGAGAAAGUGAGUGUAACAGGAUUAGGUGGGUUAAUGUGAUAGUGUGAGUGUGGACAGCGAGGGCUGGUAAAUGUAGCAAGGUGAAGGGCGUGACAGUGUAUGCGUAGGGUGACAGAGUGCGUGGAGGGGGUGACUAUGUGGGUGGAGGGUGACAGUGUGUGUGGAGGGGGUGACAGUGUGUGUGGAGGGGCUAACAGUGUGUGUGGAGGGGGUUACAGAGUGUGUGUGGGCGGUGAUAGUGUGUGUGGGCGGUGACAGUGUGUGUGUUUGGGGGGGUCACAAUGUGUGUGGAGGGUGACAGUGUGUGUGGAGUGGGGUGAGAGUGUCUGUGGGGUGACAGUGUCUUUAGAGGAGGGUGAAAGUGUGUGUGUAGGGGGGUGACAGUAUGUUUAGAGGGAGGUGACAGUGUGCGUUGGGGGUGUACUGUAAGUGUGGGGAGGCUGUGCUAUAGUUACCACUCCCACCCCCCUCAGCACCCCUGAAAUAUAUUUAUUUUCAUAAUCAAUUCCCUGGUGGUCUGGUGGAAUUUUUCCCUGGUGGUCCAGUGGGCAAGCUCUUUGGUCUGCAGCUCAGUCUGGUGCAGAGCUGCAGACCACGUGAUAAGAUGCUCGCGAGCGUGAGGUGUCACAGCAUUGCUGUGGUAAUAGUAACCCAUGGCAAUGCUCUGAUUGGUCAGAGAUCGCAAGACACUUCAGUCUGCAGCUCUGCACCUGGCUAUGCUGCACACUGGAGGCGAUGACUCUCUCCUCCCAGGGCCAAACUGAGCGGAGGGGCCUCACACACGGUUGCCCCCCCUGGUGUCGGACCCUCGGUCAUAGACUGAGAAUCCGACAGAUCACUGCGUCCUUAGGUGAUUUAGGCGGCCGUGAGGCUUUAAUUAGCGCGUGGUCUUAGGCAGCCGUCUAAAUCACCUAAUUAGUGAGCCACCUCUGCUUGACAAUUUAUAUAAAAGGCAGAUCAUGUCAUGAGUAGGAGGGAAGGUGUCAGAAUUGAGAGGAGACAAUAACUAGCUGGAAAAUGAAAAAAUACACCAUUGUGACUUUUUGCAAAAUAUGGGAAGAAGGGAUACAUAUAUAUAAAACAAUGGAUAUUUUCCUUUUUUUUUUUGUGCUAAUGAAGCUAUAUUAAAUUAGUAGAAAGUGACAUUUAUUUGCUUACGUGCCUAAAAUUGUUGAGCUAGACACUAAAAUAAAAGCAUUACUGGUUGUAUUUCAAUAUACAAGUGUGCCAACACACUUUUAUACCUGUAUUCCUAAUGCCAUAGGGUCCCUGUCCCUAGUAAUACGAUCCUCCCCUUCAUGUGUGCUUUGGCACUGCUUAACUCUUCUCCUCACAUAACAUGAUGGAAGAGACAUGGUCUCCUCUGGCGACAGUCAAAUGAAAUGCAAGAGAAGCAUUGGGGAACUGAUGCAUCUGUGCAUCCGCUCUGAAAAACAGCAAUGUUUUGUGCUAAAAUGUUGAACUGACAGGAUGACUCCUUAACCAGGCCACUUCAUUGAGAUAAAUGGCGUGGGUGACUUUAAUGGUCCUUUACAUUUGUGGAGCAAAAGUAGAAUUUUAGAAACACAUUUAUUAACAAAAAUGUAUUUCCAUUUAUUUUAUACGUUAUUUCUUUAUCUGAAUUUGUAUCUUUUUUUUUAGAAGUCAACAAUAUUGAUUUCACUGCUAUCACAGAAGCAAAUCUGCCAUCAUUUUUCAACUUCAGCAGUAGUCGCUUUUACCUGGCUAUUUCAACGCCUGUUAAUGGGUUAACAACCUUGGUGUGUUUAACCCCAAAUAAUCAACUAACGUUCCAGCGUCUGGGAAAUGACUUUCAGUGCAUUAUAAAUCCUACCUCAGCAUUUUGCAAUGGUCCACUGGAUCCCAGUGUGGAAUACAGGUAGCUAUGAUUAACUGAAAAUGUUCUAAUUACAUUUCUGCCACAGUGUAGUACCCACACAAGCUUAAUAUGUUAGUUGGUUAUAUAAGCACGACCAAUCACUCUCUCAUACUCAUCUAAACAUACAAAGGAAAUAUAAAAGGGUGCUAUGCAUAUAAAUAAAUCAAUAAUUUGAUACAGGGUUCCUCAUUAGAUGCUUGAGAAAUAUACAGAAAAUAACUCCUUAAAUAUAAGUAAAUACAUAAAUAGUUCCAUUAAUUUAUAUAAUUACAGAGCAAUUACACACGCUCCUCUAAAAGAUAUACUUUCAAUAAUGGGUAUGUUCAGAAUUGUAACAAACUGUAAAGUUUAGGCUAUCAUAUCUAAACUGUGAUUAUUGCCAAGUUGAAAUAUUUUUCAAAUCAUCUAUCAUCUAAAUUGUGAAUGCAGUUUUUAGCUUGCCACAAUUUGGUGUUUAGUGAAUAAACCCAAUUUGUUUUAUAGUCUGCCUAUUCUGCUAUGAAUUAAUAAUUAUAGAAGUCUGACGGAAUGAAAUAAUAAUUAGUCAUUCCUUUGGAAGAGGGUCAGGAAAUAAAUGUACAUUUUGUCUAUAUAUAUUAUGCCUGUCAGUGCCCAUGUCGAGUUUUUGUGCCUACGAAGGACUUCUCAAAGUCCAACUCGAGACAUGCAGGUGAUGCAUACCAAUAUGGAAGCCCAAAAAGGCCAUGUAUUUUUUUUUAAUAAUUCUUUGUUUUUGGAGUGCAGAUAAAUAAUAAAUAUAGCACAGUAGCAAGAAUGUCAACAUUAAAGAUUGAUAUACAGCAAUUAACAGAAGUAUUAUAUAUAUGCACUUUUCUUUUUUAGCAUAAAACUUAAAGACAUCUCGAAAAAAAAAGCCAUAUGCAAAUAGAAAAUUAAACUGUGACUGCUAAACCAAACUUGCCUCAUGCAAGAGUUGAAAGAAGAGUGGCAAUAUAUCAGACAUUUAGUGGCACCAGCACAGCUAGCCAGAAGCUCAAGACAAUUAAUUAGUGAGAACUGGUUUGCCAGACUAGAUGAGAGUUGCCACUGGGUAGCAAAACACACAACAAUAGGCAGCCUAUAUAUGCCGAGCAAUGAAAUAAGAAUGCACAAGAAGAUAAUUCAAACUAAAGUAAAGAAAACUAUUACAGUAUUGCAGUGCAAUGGGCCCAUAGCCCAUUUAGCCAAUGCCUGCGUCAGGGGAGCCCUCCGAUAAUUUGAGCUGUAUGUGGGAAUCUGGUCUUACUUGGCUUGCAGCCAUGGUGAGCGUAGGCAAUGUUGGUAUCUGGGACGUAUACGGAGACAUGCAGGCUGCGACAUUCGCUUUUCCAGCUGUGUGGCUGAAGACACUAUUAGGGAGGCCUUGACUUGGCACAUAGAUGAGGUAUUGAUGCCUCAAUUAUUAGGAUAGCCCAGAACUGUUCCCACACACGAUCAAAGGCUUGUAGAAGGGCAGUUUUGUGUAUGCAGGUGUGGCAGUAGGCCCCAAUGAGACCACCAUUUUGAGACGCUGACCAUGGCUAUUUGAUCUGCCAAGGAUUGACAAGGUUUCAUAGAGUAGGCCAAGAGAGUGUACCAGUGGGGAACAGGAUAUCCCCCACUGGUCCAAAGAUAUCCUAGAAUUUAGUAUGUCCACAGGCCACAGAGAAGACUUGGCCCAGGUUGUUCCCGUCUGAUCCAAGCAAAUGCUGGCUUAUCACUAUAAAAGGUGAUUCUGGAAGCACAGGUUUAGAUUUUUGCCCAAAAUAUGAUGUAUUGAUUAGUUAAAAUGCUUAAUUGGAUUCUUCCCUGGAGGAGCUCCAGCCAUGUGCGACUGUCUAGUCAGCUGUCAGGCCCCACUCCCAGGUCAUGUAUUUUUAAUAUUUUUCGAACUUGUUAUCUAAAGAUAACAGGUUGUUUUUGUGAGAUAACACGUCAUAAAAAGAUUUAAAAUGCAGUAAUAAUUUAAAUGCUGGGUGCACUCGCAGGACUUAUAAAUGAUUUAGUGGUUCAAUAUAGCGAAACAAGAAAAAAUUACACCUGUAUCAUGUUAACGUUUCAACCUUCUCUUAAGUGUAAUAAUAUUAAUAAUAUACAAUAUAACCCAAACACUUACAUAUUUUUUAUUUCAUUGUUACACUUUUUUGUAAUUUUGAAAGGGUGGCAUUUUUACUGACUAAUGAAAAUGGAACCUUUGUUCUUGCAACUGGAUGGUCCGAUGUAAUUCACCUUAAUCGAGGUGAGUUGUUUACAAGAAAUAUAUUGUCUCUAGAUGAAUGGUACCUUAUGUUACAGACAAUGACCCAGAAAGCAGCAUUGAUAAUGGCUAUUCAUUUUUACUCAACAAAAUAUAUCAGAUUGUAGGUACCUGCCAUCCAUAAAAUAAAGACAUAUAUAUAUAUUAUUCAGAGUCUAAUGUGUACACAAAGAGUUAGUUUACUAAACAGAGAAUACAGAAAAAUUAGCAAGAUAAAUGCAAAUUUUAGGCCAAAAUAUCUGAAUUGAAAAUAUUCUCUAACUGAACCAAUUGUGUUAAUUCUCCACAUUUUCCAGUUUAGUUAAUAUGCAAGAAGAGAUAUUUUUCUUUAGAGAUGUUAGUUUAUACUUCCAAGACAUUACCAGAGGAGUGUAAAUAGCUACUGCUUACAUUGUAUUGAAUUUUGAGACUACAAAAGUUUUAUUGAGAGUUUGAGCGCAGGGUAAAAACCCAAGGGCAGAGUACAGAAUAUUUGAUAGAGUCCUAACCUCAACAUAUGAGGAAAGGGACUUAGGGGUGAUUAUUAUCAGAUGACUUAAAGGUAGGCAGACAAUGUAAUAGAGCAGCAGGAAAUGCUAGCAGAAUGCUUGGUUUCAUAGGGAUAGGUUUAAGCAGUAGAAAGAGGGAAGUGCUCAUGCCAUUGUACAGAACACUGGUGAGAUCUCACUUGGAGUAUUGUACGCAGUACUGGAAACCGUAUCUUCAGAAGGAUAUUGAUACUUUAGAGAGAGUUCAGAGAAGGGCUACUAAACUAGUUCAUGGAUUGCAGGAUAAAACUUACAAGGAAUGGUUAAAGGAUCUUAACAUGUAUAGCUUGGAGGAAAGACGAGUCAGGGGGGCAGACUAGAUGGGCCGAAUGGUUCUUAUCUGCCGUCACAUUCUAUGUUUCUAUGUAUUUGUAUUUACUUUAGAGAAUAACCCAGCUAAUAUUCCUUGUUGUAGAUGGUUUUUUUUAAUUAUUAUGAAGUAGUACAUGAAAAUAUAUUUUGAAGGAUGAGGCCCAAAUGACACAUGUUGUUUUAUGCAGCAAAUAAUUUUUCUACCAUUAAUACGAACAUUAAAAAACACAGCCCUACGAUGAUAAUUAUCACCACCAUCCUACCGGUUUUGCUUGCCAUACUACUGAUCACUUUUACUGCUUUGAUGUUCAAGAGCUGGUAAGUUGGAACUAAUUGAAAUACGUUUUUAUUGCUUUACUAUGUACCGUUAAAGUUACUGCAGACAACUGUUAAAGUGCAACUGUCAUAAAAUAAAAAUCACAUGCUAGCAUUGUAUAGUAGAUAUAAUUCUAUGUAUGCAUUGCGCAAGCCAUAUUGCUAGGAAUCAGUGGCGGAACUACCGUGGUCGCAACUGCGACCGGGGCUGACACUCCAGGGGGCCCGGCCAUCCUGUAGACCCCUGCGACCGUGGUGCCCGCCGCCAUGUGCGGCUGCACGUUAAGGGACUCAUCAGGUGGCCCAUGGUGUUAGGGCCACCCGAUGGAAAUUUAUGUGAUGAUGUCAAAAGCUGGAAAGAAGUGACUGGCCUGGUCACUCCACCCAGCUUACACCUAGAGCCGCGCAGGAGGAAGGAGGAGGGAGUCAGACUGGGAACUCUCACUCAGAUCAGGGUGAACCACCACUAGACCCCAGGGAAGUCACCCGUUUGCAUCUAAAAGGUAGGAAACAGGAGGAUAACUAAAAUAUUUUGUAUGUAUGUGUGUGUUUGUGUGUCUGCAUGUGUCUGUAUGAAUGUUUCUCUGUAUGUCUGUAUGUGUGUGUGUCUGUAUGUCUGUGUGUGUAUGCAUGUGUGUUUGUAUGUGUAUGUGUUUCUGUGUGUUUGUGUGUGUGUUUCUGUGUGUGUGUUUGUAUCUAUGUGUCUGUAUGUCUGUGUGUGUGUGUGUAUGUCUGUCUGUCUGUAUGUAUGUAUGUGUGUGUGUAUGUCUGUGUGUUUGUAUAUGUGUGUCUAUGUGUGUGUUUGUAUGUGUCUGUAUGUAUGUGUGUUUGUAUGUGUGUGUUUGUAUGUAUGUAUGUGUGUGUCUGUGUGUAUGUUUGUGUCUCUGUAUAUGUGUGUGUGUGUUGACAUGUGUGGGGGGCAACGUAUGGGGGAAGGGUAGACAUAUUUAUGGGGAGUAACAGGGGGUAGAUAUAAUGGGGGGGGGCAUGGCAAUUUUUGCACCAGGGCCCCGUUACGCCUCUGCUAGGAAUUGUUACUUUUUUUUUUUUAGUUUUCAUUCCACUGGGUGAAAAAAUAGCAAUCAAUCCACCAAAUACAGCUAUAUGCUUCAUGUUUAUGCAUUUAACGAGGAUAUUAAACUAGCAUUAAGCAAUUUACAUGUAUCACAGUGGGUCCUGACUCUUGAUUAACCCUAACAGUGUAAUUUGCUAAAGUGAGAAUUUAUGGUGAAUUUCAAAUUUAAGGCCAGAGUUGCGAAAAUGAAUGCAUUGCUGACUUAGAAAAUUUUUCCAGUUCUGCUACUUUUACCUUGAAUUGUAAAUUCAUUUGAUCUCACUUCAAUUUCUCGCUUAAGUGAAUAAAACUGUAAGUAAUUCCUCCACCAUUUCAAUUACUUCCACACUGCCCAUCCAGAAAGACAGUCAUGCUAAUUUACUGGAGCCACCAUUUUUCAUUUGUUAUGUGGGCAGUCACAGAAAGUUAUACCAAAUUUGCUAUUUACUCACUGAUGUAACUUUGCUGUGACGUCAAUAAGAAAUUGAUUCUGGGCAGAGUGCUAGUGAUCCAUAGGAAACCAUAGAAAUGUGCUUAUUAUUAUUAUUAUUAACAUUAUUACUGGCAUUAUUAAAAUGCCAACAUUUUUGGCAGAACUGUUUAAUUGGGGAAAAGGAUAAUACAGUGAGUAAAACAUGCUAUAUAUGCCAAUCAUGUAAUUACAUGUUCAGCAGGCAAUAUUUAGAGCCACAAAAAUGGGGGUCCUCCUGGAACCCCCCAAAAAACAAGAGAGGCCUAACAAGUGAUGGAACUAUUAAUGUGCUCUGUAGAGAAGCAGUAUGAUUGUCCUCUUACUUGUCCUUCACUUAAACUGUGAUAAAAGUACCCUUUAGUAUUAUUCUUACUCUAACACAUCACUAAGCGGUUAGAUACCGAAGAAGGCCAUUGAAAUCCAGUUACCUUAAGUAGUAAAUUUUGAGGGGUGAUUGCAUUAUGAUUGUUAUUAAUUCAUUUAUAAGAAGGAUGGUCCAGUAAUAGUUAUUUAAUCAAGCCUACUAACAAAUUCUCUUUUUCCUUUUGCAGCAUGUGUAAGCAACAGCAGCAAACUAGGUCUUGUUAAAGUGUUCAGAAGAGGCAUUCCUGAACGGCCAAAUGGAAUUCUCAACAUUCGGUGCACAAUAUCUACCACUUGGGAUUUGUUCUAUUUUCUAUUUUCUGUAUAACUAACAAAUGUAGUCUUCCAGCUGUUGUGGAACAGAGUCUCCCAUUAUGCAUGAUACUAUAAUGCUUUACCAUCUUUAAAGAAACACACCAAGCGGGCUGUAGUACUUAUGGUCAUUGGCGUGUUACAUUCGGCCUCGCAGUUCAUCACAUGAUUGCAUGGAGUUGUAACUGUACACAACAAUUGAAUGGCUACCUGCAUACUACUAAUGUUCUACUAAACCUGGUUUUAUGACACUACAACUAGAAUUAUAUUCUAUAAUUUACUCCACAGAUAAUGUUUAAUAAUAAAUAUAUUAGUAGUUAAC